UACCCUUUCCUCUCUAUAACAACGGAAAAUUCUUGAGAAGCUCAAGUGUUCACCGUGUCGCUUUGCCUUCGCUUUCUUGUCGUCCUCCUCUCUGGGAGGGGAAUCGGGGGUUAGCGAUGGACGCGGAGAAGAAGAAGCCGAUGGUGUCGGAUGCAGGGGCGUGGGCGAUGAACGUGGUCAGCGCCGUCGGCCUUAUCAUGACCAACAAGCAGCUCAUGUCUAACACUGGCUACGGAUUCUCCUUCGCGACGACACUAACUGGGUUCCACUUUACCAUGACGGCCCUCGUUGGUUGGAUUUCAAAUGCAACUGGUUUAUCAGUCUCCAAGCAUGUUCCUCUUUGGGAGCUCUUAUGGUUCUCCAUUGUUGCUAAUAUGUCAAUCACCGGGAUGAAUCUUAGCCUCAUGUUGAACUCAGUUGGAUUUUAUCAGAUAUCCAAGUUGAGCAUAAUACCAGUUGUUUGCUUGAUGGAAUAUUUCUUGCAUAGUAAACAUUACUCGUCUAGGGUGAUAAUGGCUGUUACAGCUGUGGCUGUGGGUGUCGGUAUCUGCACUGUUACCGAUGUCGAGAUAAAAAAUAAGGGCUUACUUUGUGCAUGCGUAGCGGUAUUCUGCACAUCCUUGCAGCAAAUAACGAUCGGGUCUCUUCAGAAAAAGUACGACAUUGGUUCGUUUGAACUUCUAAGCAAAACUGCACCAAUCCAGGCCAUCUCUCUUCUUCUAUUCGGCCCGUUCGCAGACUACUAUCUAAAUGGUCAUUCACUCUUAACUUACCAUUACUCUAUGGGAGCAACUUCAUUCAUACUUCUCUCCUGUAUCCUUGCGGUCUUCUGCAAUACGAGCCAAUACCUCUGCAUCGGCCGGUUCUCUGCCACAUCAUUCCAAGUCUUGGGUCACAUGAAAACAGUGUGUGUACUAGUUUUGGGAUGGCUACUGUUUGAUUCAGCUUUGACCCUGAAGAACAUACUGGGGAUGUUGCUUGCGGUGGUCGGCAUGGUGGUUUACAGUUGGGCCGUGGAACAUGAGAAGAAGGCGAAAAUAUGUCCAGACAUCAGGGUAGAUAGCGAGUUGGAUGGGGAGGACGAUAUGCUUUUGGAGAAAGACAACGGUGUUGCUAAGCCUGAUAUCGAGCUUGCACGAUGAGAGAGAGCUAACCCGGAUUACUAUUAUCUGAUCCGUUAUUAUUCUUAUGCAGAUUUUAUUUAUUUGUUUUUCAGUUCUUGAUCUUUGAUUGAUAACAUUGUCGUCUGGAUGUGGGGGAGAGGGGGGGGUCUUCUCUUCCCAGUUCGUUUCAGAUAAUGUGGAGUGAGUUUAAUGCUGCAGUGGUAAGGGUUUAUUACGGUGCUGUGAUGGUAAAAUUGUUGUCAGGAAAAUGGGUUUCUCUUUCAAGUUGGCUUUAUGUA